AUGGACAGCUGCGACAUAGACAAAAGCAACGCCGGAAAGGACGGCAACGAAAAGGCAGCCAAGGUUUCCAGCACCAGUUGCAUUAUUGAAGAGCUCGGCGAUGCAGGCUCAUAUUCACUCUGCGGGCUAUGCUCCCUGCUCUUUGCAAAGCACCUUCCCGAAGAUCGGCAUAAAGCCUAUAUCGAGAAGAACAUUGCCGGCUUGGUUGCAUACUACAAAUUGCCUUCAAAGGUGGUGGAAGCUAUGAAGGCGAUUCUGAAUGGAGACGGAGGUGACUUGAACUCAUUCAUCAGGUUAAUUCACAAGGAAAUGGACAAAAAGUCAGUCGAACCGAGCAGGAUCGUCCAGGAUUUGGUCAUUUUCGGCGUGAAAGACGGCGUCUAUGACGCACGGCUGCGCGUUGUUAUCUGCAAACUAGCAAUCUUCAUGGAUGUUCCCCUAGAGUUGGUUGAAUCAUACGAACAGGCACUGGUGGAGAUGCUCUCUAAUGAAACCAACUCGGAAGAUGAUGAAGAGGUGCGGAGGCGCAACUUGGGCAAGAAAAUCAAACGAUACACACUGAUUGCCUUGGCCAGUGUUGGCGGCGGCGUUAUUCUUGGUCUUACUGGUGGACUCUCAGCCCCGCUGAUCGCCGCUGGAGCCACUGCCCUCACAAGUGGAGCUGCCAUUCUGGGCACUCCUGCUGGAGUGGCCAUCAUCGGCUCACUGUUUGGCGUCGCCGGCGCCGGACUGACUGGCUUCAAGAUGAACAAACGUGUCGGCAACAUUGAGGAGUUCGAUUUCGAGCAAAUCACCACUGGCCGCUCCUUGCACCUCACCAUUGCCAUAUCGGGCUGGAUUUCAGAGAACACCGAAGACGCAUUUCAGAAGCCCUGGAAGAACCUGGCCAACAGUCAAGAACAGUAUUGCAUUCGCUAUGAGUCAUCUUAUCUGCUGGAGUUGGGUCGGGCAAUCGACUACUUCCUCGGCUUUGCCAUCUCAAUGGCAGCCCAGGAAGCGCUGAAGUACACGCUGCUUGCUGGUCUGGUGGCUGCAAUUGCCUGGCCGACCACUUUACUCACCGUCUCCAGUGUGAUUGAUAAUCCUUGGGGAGUUUGCAUUCGGCGCUCAGCCGAAGUGGGCAAAUACCUAGCGGACAUUCUCAUUUCUCGCCAGCAAGGCCAACGACCCGUCUCGCUUAUUGGCUUUAGCUUAGGUGCUCGAGUCAUCUUCUUCUGCCUGGAAGAGCUGGCCACUCGUAAAGACUCUGAGGGAAUCAUUGAGAAUGCCGUACUGUUGGGAGCGCCCGUGUCAGCUGCACCGGAAAGAUGGGCCAAAAUACUUCCUNCAGCUUAG